AUGGUUUGCACGUUAAUAUGUGAUUUAUUCCUGGGAAAUAUUGCAAACGCUGCGAUGAAUGAGAAGCCUACUGUUUCAAUCAUGAAAAUGAUUGAUGAACAAUUGAAACAGGUUGAAGCCAACAGAGUCUAUCAGAAUUUGACUGCAAACAAUGAAGCGGUAACAACAACAAUCAACAAAAAAACUGUACAAAAUCGUCGAAAUGAAGUUCUCCAACACUUACGUUUAUCACAUGAUGAAAUGUACAGUCUCUACUUGAUUGGUUCCCAAUUUCCAAAUGCUGUCCAUCGUCUGAUCCAUCUUCCAAAAUUAAUCGUGGUAUUUGGCAACAAUGAAAUGAUUGUCAUUUUUAACAAAUUAUUACUGUCGUCAAGAGAAAAAAUUAUUUUAUAG